AUGCAGCGUGGUUCAAAUUCAAAGUUUACACUCGUGAAACGUAUAAAAAAGUGUGCAUUUUCAGUUAACGAGAAAAUAUUUGUAAGCAAUAUUUAUAAUUGCCUAAGUAUGGACAAUUCUUCGUUUUCUGUAGACGAUACUGUUGAAAAGACAAGUAAUAUGAUGAGUGAAAGCAAAUCAACGAUAUAUAAAGUUAUAAGUGAAUUUGUAAUUGGAGUUGUUAAACCCCCAAAGAAGAAUGCAGGAGAUGAUAUUAUUAAGUGGCUAACAGACAGAAACAUUAACUUUCCAGGAAAAUCAAUACAAAUAGAACUACUAGAAAUUGUGAAAUUAAAUAAGCCUCCAGUACGUUAUGUAGUGGAUGAACUUGCAGAAACACAUGGUAUUGUUGUACGUCUUUUUCCCAAUCACUGCAAACUAAAUCCUAUUGAAUUGAUAUGGGCACAAGUUAAAGGAUAUGUAGGUCGACAUAAUACGACAUUUAAGUUAUAA